GACAUUCGCUAUCUCAGUAAAGCUCGCUCGGCCAAGCAGUUCAAGGCGCUCAGUAAACUCUUUCUCGAGUUUUGGAUCCAACAAAACGAGCGAGACAACGCCAAGUGGUUCGAGGACAUUUACUUGGGUGACACGUGGGGGAACUGGUUCUACGUCGCCGCCGCCGCAGGCAUUACACCGUCCCAGAAUGCCCUUGAGGCUCAUCACCGCGUGAUCAAGAAGGUGUGUGUCGGGACGCUUCGGGCAAGUAUAGCGGUCGUCUUGAACGACUCAAUUCCUCGUAUUCUUGGUCUCCAAGAAAGCGAGCCGGCUCGCCCUGCUCUAAACCACUUCUCGGAAGGUCCGUUCAUGAGUGGUGUAGUAGCGCGCGCGCAAACGCUUGUCCAAGAGAAGUCUAAUCACUACAUGAUCAAGGACACACGGGCGAAGUUUGUGAAGGCGUUCUUGUUUAACGCUUCCAAGUUCGUGGUAUCGCCCAAGAACAUUCACAGUGCUGUUUUGAACCGCGACCGUGCCACAAUCUACAGGAACUCCAUCAACGGCAAACUACCGCCAGGGAUGACUGUAAACCUGGUGGAAUUGCACUGCUUGUCCAUUCACCAAAUUCAGGCGAUUCGGAAGAAGUAUGUGUGCGACUGCGCCCUGUUUUAUCAAACAGGGUGGCAAUGCUCCCAUGUCGUCACUGCCAUGACAUUGCAGAAGGAGAUCAGCAUUCAAGGGAUGCUAAAGGCGUUGCCAACGAGAAAGCUAAGUGGUGGGCAGCGCAAGCGCGUGGGUCCGCUCACAGAAGGCGGAGACAACACUCACCGAUUCUCCCAGUUUCUGUUGGGAAAGGGGAUCUCGUGGGGGGAGACCAACGGCGUCUUCUUCUGGAUGACGAAGUUUUCCAACGGUGCGCAAGUCAAGCUGGAGUGCCAAGAGUUAGCCGAGUGUCUUAACAGGGCCUACACCCAUGGUGCAGAUGUUGCUGGAGCCGUGGCGAUC